AUGUUGUUUACCAGCACUGCUGUUGCUGCUCUGAGCAGCGUCUUGCUUGUCCAGCCCGCCCUUGCUGCCCCCAACGGCCAUCCAUCGCACGGCGGUCCUCACCAUGGCCAUGCAGACCCCUUCGAGGUGCUGGACCCUCAAAACUGGGUCAAUCCCGAUAAUAUGACCUGGGCUGACUUCAAGGCUCCUCCGGGCACCAAAUGGAACGACCCUUCGCGGAAGGGCUCCAUCCGCAACUUCAAUAUCGCCCUGGUAAAUGUCGAUUAUUCUGACAAGCCAUUCACCAUAACAAUGGCUCCAGGGUCCGACGUCUUCAAGAACCCCCAGCCAGGCUCACCAAAUGUAACUCGAAGUCAGGUGCCUGCCUUUUAUCGCGAUUUCCUUAACAAGCCUGGCAAGCUCAAUCGCGGCCACACGCUUCAUGAAUACUGGAUGGAAGACUCGAACGGACGUUUUGGCGUUGACCUGACCACGUUCGGUGUGUACAAGAUGCCAUUGAAGUCAUAUCAGUACGGUAUUGGCGAGUCAAUGAACUCCGGUGCUUGCCCCAUUGGAGAAACCUGCUACUAUGAAAUCCGUGAUGACGCCCUCGGCGCCUGGCGUAAGGAUAUUGGUGAGGAGAAGGCCAAGUCUUUUGAACUGGUUUUCAUCCUGUCUGCUGGUCAGGAUGAAUCCUCUACCUGGCAGGAGUUCGGCGAGAUCAUGUUCCAAAACAAGGAAGAUGUUACUGCUGCCUUUGGCCCUCCACCAGGUAACGGCACGGGCAACAUGACUCUGCCCAACUAUGCUAACACUCGAUAUGUCGAAUGGACUUCUUGGGCUUCUGCCUCUGCCAUUUGGCCCAAUGCCGGUGAUGGCUCCUCCACCCAGGCUGAGAGCUCUGGAAUGGGUACCUUUGCCCACGAGCUUAGCCAUCUUCUCAACGUUGGUGACAACUAUAACAACCCCUACGGCAAGCCUCUCCGCCGUUCCUACACUGGCCCAUGGUCCAUGAUGUCUCGCGGCUCCUUCAAUGGACCUGGAGGCCCACACACCCGCUGGCAAGUCCCUCCACUGAAGGGCGGUUCCAUGGGAUCCCAGCAUACCUUCCAUGACAAGCUAAGACUUGGAUUGACCACUAAGGAUAGUGCCCUGAACAUUUCUCGUGAGGCUUUGGCUAAGUCAGGCCUCAUUGUUGCACGCGUCACUGCCCGUGUCAUUGCACCCAAGCAAGGUGAAUUGAUUGGACUCCAUGUUGCCAUGAACAAAGACAACUCUCCCAAAUGCGACGUCAACACCGACCCCUAUUGCGACGGAAACGGAUACCACAACUACAAUGUCGAAGUCAUUGACCGCAUGGGUGCUGAUUCCUUCUGCCCCGACUCUGGUGUUAUGCUUAGCAAGACCAGAGACAGAGCUUUCUCAAACUACCAGUGGACGAUCGAUGCCAACCCACAGGACAUCAAGCAAGUCGACUUCCACCGCCCAGACGGCACACCUGCCAUGAUCAGCCUUGGCGACUACCGCCAGUUGGCUGAUGCCCUGUUCCAUGCUGGCACCCGCUCUGGAAGCGAGUAUGAAUACACCGACAAGGCUAACAAUCUCCAGUUUUACAUUAUUGAACCCCACCGUGAUGAGGCUGGCAUCCUCUCCUACACCACUGCUGUCCGCUACGUCGGAAGCAAGGACCCUCACAAGCGCGGCGUGAAGCUCGACAAGAAUGCUAAGGUUACCUCCAGCAACUCCAAGGCCACUGAUAAGGGCGUGACCUGCUCCUUCACCCUUCACAACACCGGCACCUACAACCCAGCCGCCGGCAAGGUCAAGCACCCCCAGGAUGUCACUGCAUUCCUCAAGUCCGAUGUCUACCGCCUCAAGGCCACUGUCCAGGGCCGUGGCUGGAGAGUUGAGGUUCCCAAUGCCCUUGCGACAGCCGAGUUUGGCAAGACCGUCACCGUCUCUGUUGCUGUUGGUGCCGACAAAUCUGCUGAAAAUAAUGCCAAGGUCACUCUCACUGCUACCUCGGAGGCGGACCCUUCGAAGUUUGCUACCGCCGAGUGCAAGGUGAACAAGUUCCGCAACUAG